CAUCUACUGUAAUAGCAACCAACCACCAGUCAAGGAAUCCAAACUUGCAUCAAGACUUUUGCAUAGGUCUUCUUCAAGUCGACAUAUUUUACGGUUCAAAUAAUAUACUACUGCAGAACCUGCUGAACAAAGGUUGAGAAAUGAGUACAUCCAUCCUUUUGUGUUGUUCCACUCCAACUGGCCUUCGUAGGCGUGGAGGUUUCACACUGAAUCGCCCUUUGGACUUGGCUAUCUUAGCUCAGAAAAGGUCCCUCUUUUUUGCGGGUUGCCAGAGCUUGAUUCAUCCGAGCCAUGGAGUGCAAACAAUGAACAAGAGCAACAGGAAAUUCGCAGUAUUCAACGGUGUUCUACCGGGUGUUCCUCUACCUUCAGAGCCCCCUCCUUCAGAUUCCUGGAAUGGAUGGAUUCUGGGGGCAGUAUUAACAUUCGUUUUGCCCUUCCUGGCUAACAAAUGGGGGCCAUUGUUGAAAAUCAAAGAUGAAGUUGACACUGCAGUACAGACGGUGGAGAACGUAGUGGACGCUGUAGAAAAGGUGGCGGAGCAAGUGGAAAAGGUGGCGGAAGAUAUAGCCGAAGGCCUUCCAGCUGGAAAACUUAAAAAUGCUGUUACCUUCAUUGAAAAUGUAGCUGAUCAGAUUGAUGAUACAGCAGAAGUGGUUGGUGAUGCCAUUGAUAAGGUUCAAGAAGUGGGAGACCAAAUAGAAUCAGCCCUUGAUGGAGAAAAAGAAGCGAUCCCUGAAAAAGCAAAGGAGCCUGCCAAAGAAGUGAAAGCUGAGGCUUGAACACUUAGAAAAUACUUUUCCCUAGUGCAAUUGUACAAGAUUUGCUAGAAAGAAAACGUUAUGUAGAAAGGUCAAAAGUUGAAAAGGUGCAUUGAAAAGUAUUCAUUUUCUUGUUCUGCUUUCUUAUCUACAGCUUUGGGGAUUUGAUUGAUUAAGAAACUGUGCUUUGACGACAAAAUUUGACGAAUUUCAUUUCUCCACGGGGGCA